AUGGCCGAAAAGGAUCAACAAUCAGCAUACCCGGCCAACGGCUAUGCACGCAGCGGCGACACGGAGGCCGCCACUGCUGCCGCCGCUCACGACGCCACGAGAGCUCAGCGGAAGAAGAAGCGCAACAAAUGCAUCCUCUACAUCCUCCUCUUCAUCGUCUUCCAAACCGCAAUCAUAACCGCAUUCGCCCUAACAAUUAUGAAAGUCCGAACUCCCAGAUUCCGCAUCCGCGGCGCCGCCAUCACUGAUUUCAACGCCGGCACUGCGGCGAGUCCGUCGCUGCGGGCCACCAUAACUCCCGAAUUCACGGUGAAGAACGCCAACUUCGGGCGCUACAAGUACCGCAACACCACAGUCGAAUUCUUCUACAGAGGAACCAGAGUGGGGCAGGUUUCCGUCCCGAACUCGAAAGCCGGUUGGAGAUCCACUAAGAGAUUCACUCACUCCGCAUUCGAGUUGAAUCUCAGCGGCAGCCCUCAGCUUGCUGAAGAUUUGACCGCCGGAGUUGUGCCGAUCACGAGCACGGCGAGGAUGGGAGGGAAAGUGGAACUCAUUUUCAUCAUGAAGAAGAACAAAGCUACUAAUAUGAAUUGCACCAUGAAUAUCGUCACUGCCACGCCGCAGAGUUUUAGCAACAUCUUAUGCAGAUGA